AAUCAGUUUGAAAAGUUGAAGAGUUGGUGUCGCGCAUUUUUCUCAACCUCGUGUGAGCCGAAAUUCGGAACGAAUCGAUACGGAAGACAUUAAUAUUCAAAUUAAUCUGGUUGUCCCGGAUGAGACCCACUCCGGAAAAUUGCAAUCUAUUGAAUUGUAAAUUUCGCGUUUGUGCAUUGCUGGUUGCCAAGAUACGUGCGUAGGCAAACUCUUGCGGAAUUCGAAUAAUUUUUCCAGAAGCAUCAGUUUGUGUCUGAAAGGCUCUCAAACCACUCAAGGCUCAAGGCUGCUCUUCUUGAGGACUAGCCGUCCUUGGGUAGCCGACUGUCGACUGCCGGAAGAGUAUGGACAAAGAGAGCCUAAAAAAUUCAUUGAAUUUCCACGGGCAACAGUUGAGCAAAGUCUGGGAAUCGGAGAGAGGCUCCGGAGAGCUCGAGAAGCUCGGUGCGAACGAAGUUGACUAUUCGGUCUACCUGGAAAGACAAAAACACCUGAGUUUCCAGGACCGAGGCAAACGCCUUGCCUUGCACCAGUUUAUCGCUCGGAGGGCUGAAGGUCUCUUCGACUCUUCGUUACUAAAAUGUAGUCGCUCGCCUGCAAGCUCAGCAAAGUCUGAGCAGGAUGGAGAAUCCACGCUGCCUCCAUACGAGCUGUUUAUCCCCUUGGACAAGACAAAACGGCUCGCACACUUUUACCGCUGCGUCCAGCCAGGUGAACUGCUCAUCUGUGCGGUGAUUUCGAAGAAUGUCUCCGGCAUUGCCUUGAAGGUUCUGUGCACCGACAAUGGGCCGCAGCGAUACUUAGCUGAUCUCGGCAUUAAAUGCUACGUCACAUCAAAUGCAAUGCUGCCGGGGUUUGUGGUUUACGACAAGAAGGGUCAACCUCGACAGGUCAUGUUACAGGACUUUGUCAAGGUCAAAAUUGUGGAGGUUGGCCGUGACUCUGAAAAACUGACAGUCACCAUGCUCGAAGAUUCAGAAACAAAAACUGGCACUCCCGCCACCAAUUUAGGUCUCAUCUUCAUUGACGAUCUGCCUGAAGCUUACAAGCAACUCGUCAGUUCGAAGUCGUGGCAAUCGGAGUGGAACUUAAACCCUGACAAGAUGAUUGAGAAGUGUACCUCAAGGAAAUCGGAUCUCUACUCCGACAUAUUAGAGUCGGCAGCCGGCUUCAACAAUCCUCGCAACUCUGAUCUGUUUGAGGAAAAAUUGGGCAUGAACCCUGAUUCUCCCUUGUCGAUGAUGAAGUCUCUCAAAAAUCGAUUCCCUGUGGAUGAGUAUGCUGGAGAGCUGCGCAAGUCGCAGAAUGCCAAGUGGGCCAUGCAGUCGGUGAACGAAGGGAUUGUGCAUUUCAAAGCUGGGCAGACCCAGGAGGCUUUCCAGUGCCUGAAUUCAGCCCUGAACAUUGACCCACUCAACGUUGAAGGGUUGGUCGCCAGAGGAGCAUUGUAUGCAAACAAUUCUGCAUUUAGCAAAGCUAUUGAGGACUUUGAAACCGCCCUGAAGGUGGAUCAUUCCCAUGCCAAUGCCUCAACUUACCUGACCGAGACUCUAGUCGCAUACGGCAGACAGCUUGAGGAUGAAGGCAAAAUUGACCAAGCUGUGCAGAUGUACAACAGGGUCCUUGCGAUUUCACCCUAUCACAAGGAGGCCGUGGCCUCACUGCGCUUCUUGGAGGAGAAGCUGAAAACUCCUGGACUUAGCAAGCUUCCACUUGAGAAGCCACUUGCUGUUGAUACUUCAGGACUUCUGAUGCCUGGACUCGCUGUCAAGACAAGAGAUUCAAAGGAUAAGAGCCAUUCCAGCAGGAAGAAAAAGAAGGACAGAAAGAAAAAGAAGGGAAAGAAGAGACGGCAUAGAUCAUCUUCGUCCUCCUCUUCUUCUUCAUCCGAGUCGUCGUCAAGCUCAAGCUCCUCUAGCUCGAGCUCAAAGUCUUCAUCUGGAUCAGACUCGGAUUCUGACUCCAACAAAAGGUCAAGCAAGAAAAAGAAGAAGAAGCAGUCCAAGGAAAAGCAUGAGAAAUCUCUCUCGCCUUUCUCAAAGAAGCUGCAAGAAAAAGGAAUUCCUGCACCAGUUCCUCCACCACAGCCAAUUCAAAUGGAGAUGCCAUUCCAGCUGAAACCCAGCACCAUUACACCUAUAAAAGAGAAGGAGAAGCCUGAGGGUGCUGAUCCAAUCCGCUUGUUCAUGGCUCAGUUUGGGGACCAGAUGGAGCAGGGGAGUGAGGAAAAGCUCAAGAAGUUCUUGGACGAACUGAAGAAACCGAAGGAGAAGGAGGGAAAGAAAAAGAAGAAGAAGGAAAAGAAGCAGAAAGAUAAGGGCAAGAAGAAGAAAGAAGACAAGAAAGGCAAGAAAAAGACUCAUGGAGACGAGGAUGUUGAAAUGGAUGUGAGCAAAUCUGGCAAGCGAGAUGACUCUGACAGCUCCGAGGAGGAAGACAAAUCAAAGAAAGUGGGCAAGAAACUGGAACUGAGUAGCCCUGCACCUGAACUUGGAGAUUUGGGAAGUAAGCUGACUGCUUAUUACGCCAAGAUGGAGGAAAAAGGCAGAAAGAGGCCUGAUGCCAAGGAAUCGUCCAAAGAUGAAGACUAUGGUUAUGCAAAGCAAAAGCCAGCCACUCUGUACAGUCCUGAUGUUGAUCAAGGUCAUGAUCGCUAUGCAACUGGUGGGCCAAAGCAAGCUUACGUAGAGAUGCCUCCAUCACGGUGGACCUAUGACGACGAAGGCGCUAGCAAGCAGCAGCAGCAGCAGUGGGGCGGCUACAAGGGUGGCUUUGAUCAUGGCUAUGAUUUUGAAAAUGCCCAUGCUGAAGAGUACAGCAAGCAAGCUGCCAGUCCUCCACCUGGACGAUUCACAGGAUUCCGCAUCAACAAGAAGGAGGAGAAGGUGGAGCUGACCAACAUCCUCCCCGAGGAAGCUCCUCCGACCCCUGAGAAGGAACAUGGAAAGUACCAGAAACGGCCGACGUCUCGCUCCCGCAGCCGCUCGGCCAGCUACUCCAGCAGAGGCUCUGAGGGUGGACGUCGCAGACGGAGGCGUUCUGGUUCCAGGUCUGGCUCUCACUCAAGGUCCAGGUCGUACGGACGUAGGUCAAGGUCUCGCUCGUACAGCAGGUCCAGAUCCAGGUCCUUUGAUAGGAACAGGAAGCGCUGGGUGCCUCGCAGAGGAACCUUCUACAAGCCAGCGUUCCAGCAGAACUUCAGAGGUGGACGACCCUUCCGAGGACGGUUCAACAACAGGCGCCCCUUCAGACCCUACAACAACAGGGGCAGGGGAAGAUUCUUCCACCAGAGAAGGCGCUUCAGCAGAUCUAGAUCAAGGAGCGAUGAGAGGCGCAGUUACGACCGUGAAAGGGAACGUCGCCAUUCUUCUGGCUCAGACAACGAGAGGGCACCGCGCAGGGAGCCCUCAGACAACCGCAGGAAUGGCCAGGGUGGCGGCGGCGACUACAGUGACCGCGAAAUGGACGUCCCUCUUCCUCCUGGUCCUCCUCCUGACACAAACUGAACAUAGCACCAGAAUCAUGAGGUCGCUUUUGCUUUUGUAAUUUGAGUUCAAUAUGACCAGCCUUUUGUUAGAUUUUAAGUUUUUAACUGAAGCUUUGAAGUGUAUCUGGGUGUCUGAGAGGAUUUCGAAGAUUAUUGUGUUACCCUCCUAAAUCAAACACAUUUUUAGCUAAUGUGUAGCACUAAGAUGAAUAAAGAAAUACAAUUAUCUACUAUCAUCA